GCGAACAGAUAAAAGGUAUACAUAACCUAAAAAAUAGUUCAUAAGUAUGUGUGUAUUGCAAGUGGUUAGUAAAGAAAGAAUGUGGUGACAUACAUAAGAACUAAGAAGACUUUCACAAUAUCGCGAUAAGAAUUUCACUAAAAUUAUCUCCUUUUAAUGGAAGUUCGCGUACGUUGAACGUCUAAAAUGGUUCUGUGGAAGGUCGCGCGUUUGUAUAAAACUUUUGGAUGCUCUAUUACGGUCCCUCACAGGUUUAGUAGCACAAAGAGACGAAUAGAUAAGUUAUUAAUUGCGAAUCGAGGUGAAAUAGCAUGUCGUGUGAUAAGAACCGCGAGACGAUUGGGUGUAAAAACUGUCUCCGUUUAUAGUAGUGCCGAUAAAAAUGCGAUGCACGUGCAAAUGGCCGACGAGGCGUUCCUCAUUGGACCCCCAAGUUCACAAGAAAGUUACUUACGGGCCGAUAAAAUUUUGGACGUUGUCAAAAAAUCCCAAUGCCAAGCGGUACAUCCUGGGUAUGGUUUCCUAUCGGAAAAUGCCGAAUUUGCCGAUCAAUGCAGGGAGCAAGGUAUCAUUUUCGUUGGACCUCCAGCUUCAGCUAUCCGAGACAUGGGUAUAAAAAGUACCUCCAAGAAAAUAAUGAAAGAGGCAAACGUGCCGAUAAUUGAGGGUUAUCAUGGCGAUGAUCAGAGUAACGAAACACUAAAAAGGGAGGCAGCCAGAAUUGGUUACCCCAUAAUGAUUAAAGCCGUGCGAGGUGGUGGUGGUAAAGGCAUGAGAAUCGCCCAAAGUGAAAGUGACUUUAUGGAGGCGCUCGAGUCGGCACGCAGUGAAGCUCAAAAAUCUUUUGGUGACUCUGUUGUUCUAUUGGAGCGGUUCAUAGGAGAACCUAGGCACGUAGAGGUGCAAGUAUUUGCAGAUUCCUACGGUGACGCCGUGCAUCUGUUCGAACGCGAUUGCUCGGUGCAAAGACGCCAUCAAAAAAUCAUUGAAGAGGCUCCAGCGCCUGGUUUGUCUGCCGAGUUAAGAUCAGAAUUGGGAGCCGCGGCGGUUAGAGCCGCCAAAGCAGUCGGUUACGUGGGAGCCGGUACCGUCGAGUUCAUUUUAGAUCGUCAUUCCCAUAGCUUCCACUUCAUGGAAAUGAACACGCGGUUGCAAGUGGAACACCCGGUAACCGAAAUGAUAACCGGUACCGAUUUGGUGGAAUGGCAAAUUAAAAUUGCAUCAGGCGAACGUCUUCCUCUAACACAAAGUGAUAUAAGGCUGAAUGGUCACGCUUUUGAGUCGAGAAUCUAUGCCGAAGAUCCGGCGGGUGGUUUUCUUCCUGGAGCCGGUCCAUUGAAACAUUUAACCACCCCCCAGGUAUCUGAUGAUGUGAGAGUUGAAACAGGAGUGCGGCAAGGGGAUGAGGUAUCAGUUCACUAUGAUCCAAUGAUUGCCAAACUCGUUGUUUGGGGAAAAGACAGAGAUGAAGCUUUAAUGAAAAUGAAAUCAAAUCUGGUCCACUACAAUAUAGCCGGAUUAGAAACAAACGUGAACUUUUUAAUAAGUUUAUGUAAACACAAGGAAUUUGCAGCGGGAAAUGUCCACACAAACUUUAUCAGAGAUUACCACGACAGCUUAUUUCCCCAAGAGAAAAUAGACGAUGAGCAAAAAAUCCAAGCCGCCGUCGCUUUAAGUUUGUUGGAAAGUGAAGCUGGCGAUAUCGGCGAGAGCAAUAGCCCAUUCGUUCUCGAAUCAAAUUUUAGAGUUAAUCAUUUCCAUCAAAGGACCGUGAAGCUGUUUUUCAAAGAUAAGGAAUUCAACGCAAUGUUAAAAAUGUUAGGUAGAAAUAAGUAUUCAGUGUCGUUGGAUGAUGGGGAGACGUGGCAUUCGGUGGAAGGUGAAAUUGGAACGGGAGGGUCGCUGAAAUGCAGCAUCAACGGGUUCGUUACAAACGCAAAGCUCUAUCAUGACGGAAAGACUUUAGCUCUAUUCAAUGACGACGGCAAGUUGGAGUUCAAACUGCCUCAAACCAAAUUUUCAACUGAUGAUGGCGAUUCGGUGCUUGGUUUUGGUAAUGUAGCCCUGGCGCCAAUGCCAGGAAUACUAGACAAAAUCCUUGUGAAAAUUGGAGACAGUGUGAAAAAAGGGGAGCCGGUAGCAGUAUUAAUUGCAAUGAAAAUGGAGUUUAUAGUUCGAGCGCAUAAAGAUCUGAAAGUGAGCGACAUUCUACACAAAGUCGGUGAUAAUGUUCAAAAGGAUACUGUUCUUGUGCAAUUUGAAACAACGGAAUAAUUUUGGCAGCAACAGAAAGGCAUUUUGUUAAUAAAGUUUUACGUUUACCUCA